AUGAUGAAGAAUAAUGAUAAAAAACAAGAUAAUACAACUGCUACAAGUUUUUUAGAUAGAACAGUUAGAAAUGUAUUAAUAGAGAAUAAAUAUUUAUCAAGAUGUGUUUAUGAACAAUUGGGAUGGAUCAAUAUAGUGUUGGAUGGAUCGUUGGUAACAAUGCUGCGGAUGAAACAGACAGAUAUGUUUAUCGAAUACUUUGACAUGUUCAAGAGUCAGUAUCAACCUUGUUCGGGUUUGUUGGCGUCUGCAUUGGCCCAUGGCAACGCUGUGGCUGCUUUACAUGUCAUGAAGUCAUUGCUGCCAUCCAACAAACUACGUGUACACUUGGGUGACAAUUUCAGAGUGUCACCUGAAUCAAAAGUGUGGGAUGAAGCAACGGUCGAGAUGAUGAACCUUUAUUUCAAGACUUGGCCAAGUCACAUUAUGUUUGUAAUCCAUAUACUCAAAUGUUGGGUAUUGAUGGAUAUGGAAGAAAAGUCUGCAGACUUUAAAUUGGACCAAUUUAUCGAACAAGUUAAAUUCCAUACACCCUAUAUCAGUCAGUCGGAAUUAGACAAGAUCCGAUCGGUUACUGUCAAUCCUUCAAACUUUAGAUCAACAUACAUCAAUAUGAAGGUACCCAAACCACACGAUACUUUGUAUCUGUAUACUGCGGGACUGUCAGGUGGUGGCAUCUACAACUGCUUUGUUUACAAACCAUGUAGACAAGCUCAUAUGUCUAUUCUACCAACUACCAGGUCAUUCCAAUUGGAGGCAAUGGAUGGUGAUUUCAACCGUAUAGUUGCAUUAUCAGGGUUUGUCAAAAGAUGUUCAGAAGUGGCUAUCCAAAAUGCAGCUACCAGUGGUAACCUUGACCUCAUCAUUUAUCUCAUCAACCAUUACUCUAUCAGAAAUACAAGACGUCUAUUAUCACUAUGGUACGAGUCUGUUAGAGUGGGUCAUAUCCAUGUACUAGAGUAUCUCCUCAGCCACAACAUAGUAGCACUCACCAAAAAGGUAGCACUUAAAAGUAUCUAUUUAACAAUGGAUACUGAAAUAUUAUCAAUCAAUUUAGAAAUGCUACAAUUUAUAUUAGACCGUUACCAACACCAACCAAACCAACAAGGCUAUAGAAAGUUGACAGUUCAAGAUUUCAGUCCCCAUCGUAUGGGUGUAUUUGUGUCACUUUGGAUUCACCGUCAACCAGAAAUCAUCACCAUCCUAUGUAAUUAUUUUGGGUCACCCAGUUACUCUAGUUCAUCCAAUCUUAAUAUUUUAAAAACCAUUGCUUGUGAAUAUGGUCUAAUUCAUUCACUUCAUCAAAUUAAUAUUUGUGGUCUCAGUUCAUAA